AUGGCCCAAACCACCCCGAUCGUGCGAAUCAGGUCUCGGACCGGGUGCAUUACUUGCAAGAUUCGACGUGUAAAAUGCGACGAAGAGAAACCCAGCUGCCGUAGAUGCCGCUCGACUGGUCGUACAUGCGACGGCUACGCUCCUUCGGCGCCACCGCAGUCUUCCAGCACUGGCCAGCUGCCAGUGGCCUGUAGUAAUGAGAUCCGCAUCAUACACCAUACCCCGAUAGUGGAUCGCCCGGUCCAGAUGAGCGUUUUCCCCUCCUGGGACCGACCUCUCCGUGCGGAUGAGUACCAGUCCUUGGAAUUCUUCCACCUGCAGACCACCUUGUGCUUCGGUUCCAAAGCAGGGGCGUUUCUGCUUCGAUCGGCCUACCAUGAUUCCAGUAUUCGAUUGGCAGCCAUGGCCCUGGGCUCGUUGCAUCGUGCGUUUCUGUUCGAGCAGACCCGGUACCCCGACACCCGCAUGCAAGGAACUCAGCUAGCCCUGCGUCAGUACAACACCGCCAUUCGACAAGGGCUAGCACAGAUGUCCGGGGGGCUGGCGAACGGGUCGGUCGACGUGAUCCUGACCAUGUGCGUGCUGUUCUACUGCUUUGAGAGUCUACAGGGUCAUUUCAAGGUGGCCCUGCGACACGUUGCGUCGGGACUGCGCAUCAUGAAGCAGCAAGAACUCCAAUGUCAGGCCGUGCAAAAGAAAACCCUUCUUCCGGCGGACGUCAUCCGAUCGAUGUUUUCCUACCUGGAAAGCCAAAUGCUUGAGCUCGACGACGAACUCACCUCCAUAGACCAACUGCAUCCCGCUGCGCUCAAGCCGUCCAAUCUCCCUCCCGUGGACUCUUCACGAGACUGCACCCUGGAUGAUCUGAGCGAUAACUUCCGCUUGUUCUACAACCGUCUGCUGCGAUUGAUGACGAAGUCCGGACCAGCAGGCCACGCAGAUAUAGUCAAGGAUGGCGAGGCAACCGAGAUUCCCGAGUCAGUCAUCGCCGAUUACGAGGAAACGCAAAGCGAAAUCAUGGAAUGGUCCGCUGCGCUGGAAAGAUACUUCGAGCACCACCCGCUGGAAGCCAUGGAUGCCACCAGCCGACGACUGGCUGUGAGUCUGAAGAUGUGGAAGACGCUGGUGCACGUAGUGUUGAAGAUGGAACUGCCGCUUGUAGAGACCGGCUGGGAUCGAUUCACUUCGGAUCUGGCAACGGUGGUGUCGCUGGCCGAGGAAGUCGUGAACAUCUCGGCGACGCCAGAGAUGCGCAAGAGAAGCCCGUCGCCAACAGCAGCUGCCAGCCUUUCGUCGCUCCCAAUGCAGGCGCAGCCGACACUCAGCUCCCACCAGCACAUACUCCUUACCCACAAUAUGCCCUCGCCAUGCACAUUCUCCGUGGCGCAAGGCAUACUCCCGCCGCUUUGGAUCGUCGCCACAGCCUGUCGUGACUCAAAGACCCGAUACCGCGCCAGAGACUUGAUGAUGCGCUGCCGACGCCGUGAAGGUCUCUGGGACUCGGUUUUGUUUGCCGAGUUGGCCUCCAAAGUCGCCAGAAUUGAAGAAACUAUGGCCGGGAUUCCCGAGGGAGCGCCGUAUGAACCAGCGGAUUUGCCCAUUCGUGCGCGCAUCACAACCAUCUCCAGUAGCUUUGGCGAUGGCAGAAUGGUGCAGGUGAAGUACAUGGGCAGUGAUUCGAAGCUGCUGGAGGAGACUUUAACCUGGUGAGUAGGAGGCUGCUCUUUCUUUCUUCUUUCUCUCUUGUUCUUCUUGUUUUUCUCCAUUUUCUCUUAUUUCCUCUUUCUCUUUUCUUUUUUUAAUAGUUUCUUUCCUUUUUUCAUCUUUUUCCUUUGUUUUCCUAAGGAGUUCUCUUGGGUGGGAGUUGAAACGAUUUCAAAGACUGGGAAUGAUUAACGGCCAAAUUGUGAUCCAAAUACCAUUUGUUCUGGCUGCGUUAAGCGGGAACUUGCCUUGACUGGCUGCCAUCCAUGCA